CGCCGAGUAAGCAUCGUUAACGUCUCCCCCGCCCCCCUCCACUGCCGUCAUGUCUAAGUUAGAGUCACCCAAAGAGCCCGAACAGCUGCGGAAGCUCUUCAUCGGAGGUUUGAGCUUUGAAACAACCGAUGAGAGACUGAGGAGCCAUUUUGAGCAGUGGGGAAUGCUCACAGAUUGUGUGGUAAUGAGGGAUCCAAACACCAAACGCUCCAGAAGCUUCGGGUUUGUCACAUAUGCCACUGUGGAGGAGGUGGAUGCAGCCAUGAAUGCAAGGCCACACAAGGUGGAUGGAAGAGUUGUGGAACCAAAGAGGGCCGUCUCAAGAGAAGAUUCUCAAAGACCUGGUGCCCACUUAACUGUGAAAAAGAUUUUUGUUGGUGGCAUUAAAGAAGACACUGAAGAACAUCAUCUAAGAGAUUAUUUUGAACAGUAUGGGAAAAUUGAAGUGAUUGAAAUCAUGACUGAUCAAGGCAGUGGCAAAAAGAGAGGCUUUGCUUUCAUAACCUUUGAUGACCAUGACUCUGUAGACAAGAUUGUCAUUCAGAAAUACCACACAGUGAAUGGCCACAACUGUGAAGUAAGGAAAGCCCUAUCUAAGCAAGAGAUGGCUAGUGCCUCAUCCAGCCAAAGAGGUCGAAGUGGUUCUGGAAACUUUGGUGGUGGUCGUGGAGGUGGUUUUGGUGGGAAUGACAACUCUGGUCGUGGAGGAAACUUCAGGGGUCGAGGUGGCUUUGGUGGCAGCCGUGGUGGUGGUGGAUAUGGUGGCAGUGGGGAUGGCUAUAAGGGACUUGGUAAUGAUGGUGGUUAUGGAGGAGGCGGCCCUGGUUACUCUGGAGGAAGCAGAGGCUAUGGAAGUGGUGGACAGGGUUAUGGAAACCAGGGCAGUGGCUAUGGCGGGAGUGACAGCUAUAACAACGGAGGAGGCGGAGGCAGCUUUGGCGGUGGUAGUGGAAGCCAUUUUGGAGGUGGUGGAAGCUACAAUGAUUUUGGCAGUUACGACAAUCAGUCUUCCAAUUUUGGACCCAUGAAAGGAGGAAACUUUGGAGGCAGAAGUUCUGGCCCCUAUGGUGGUGGAGGCCAAUACUUUGCCAAACCCCGAAACCAAGGUAGCUAUGGUGGUUCCAGCAGCAGCAGUAGCUAUGGCAGUGGCAGAAGGUUUUGAUGACUGCCAGGAAACAAAGCUUAGCAGGAGAGGAGAGCCAGAGAAGUGACAGGGAAGCUACAGGUUACAACAGAUUUGUGAACUCAGCCAAGCACAGUGGUGGCAGGGCCUAGCUGCUACAAAGAAGACAUGUUUUAGACAAUACUCAUGUGUAUGGGCAAAACUCGAGGACUGUAUUUGUGACUAAUUGUAUAACAGGUUAUUUUAGUUUCUGUUCUGUGGAAAGUGUAAAGCAUUCCAACAAAGGGUUUUAAUGUAGAUUUUUUUUUUUUUUGCACCCAUGCUGCUGAUUGCUAAAUGUAAUAGUCUGAUCAUGA